ACUUGUACCAAAAAGAAUAAAACAGAGUGAGAUAUAUAAAGCCUCCCCUUUCCCGCCACUACGGGGUGAGUGAGUGUGGCGCCUCUUCUUCGCAGCAUCAAUACUUUCGAAGGUCGAAGGCACAGAUAGGAACGAAGGAUGUUGUGGGUUGACAAGUAUCGUCCCAAAACCCUCGACCAUGUCAUGGUCCACUCCGACAUCGCUCACAAUCUCAAAAAAUUGGUGACGGAACAGGAUUGCCCCCAUUUACUCUUCUAUGGCCCAUCUGGCGCUGGCAAAAAAACCCUAAUCAUGGCUCUUCUACGCCAAAUGUUCGGACCCGGUGCCGAAAAGGUGAAGGUGGAAAAUAGGACGUGGAAAGUGGAUGCUGGAAGUAGAUCAAUUGAUUUAGAGCUGACAACAUUAUCAAGUGCUAAUCACAUUGAAAUGAGUCCAAGUGACGCAGGCUUUCAGGAUAGAUACAUUGUUCAAGAAAUAAUCAAAGAAAUGGCUAAGAAUAGACCCAUUGAUACCAAGGGGAAGAAAGGAUUUAAAGUACUAGUGCUCAAUGAUGUUGACAAGCUCUCUAGAGAAGCCCAACAUUCUCUCCGCAGAACGAUGGAGAAAUACAGUGCUUAUUGCAGAUUAAUUAUGUGUUGCAAUAGUUCUUCAAGAGUCACAGAAGCAAUCCGCUCUCGUUGUCUAAAUGUCCGGAUAAAUGCACCAAGUGAAGAACAGAUUAUUGAAGUUUUAGAAUUCAUUGGAAAGAAAGAAGGGCUGCAACUUCCCCCUGAUUUUGCUGCUCGCAUUGCAGAGAAAUCAAAUCGGAAUUUAAGGAGGGCCAUAUUGUCAUUUGAGACUUGUCGUGUCCAGCAGUAUCCUUUUACUAACAAACAAACAAUUCCUCCAAUGGACUGGGAGGAAUAUAUUUCUGAAAUUGCAUCUGACAUAAUGAAGGAACAGAGCCCAAAAAGGUUGUUUCAAGUUCGAGGGAAGCUGUAUGAGCUGCUAAUCAAUUGCAUUCCUCCAGAGAUCAUUUUGAAGAGGCUUCUAUAUGAGCUACUGAGGAAACUGGAUGCAGAACUAAAGCACGAAGUAUGUCAUUGGGCUGCAUAUUAUGAACAUAGGAUGCGUCAAGGACAGAAGGCGAUUUUUCACAUUGAAGCAUUUGUGGCUAAGUUCAUGAGCAUUUAUAAAUCCUUCCUCAUCGCAACAUUUGGCUGAAGAUCAGAUGAUGCUUUGCUUUUCCAUGCAACAUGUUAAAUGAAUUAUGUAGUGGAAAUGAAUUCAUACCUAUUUGAGUUUUCUAGUGCUGUCUACUUAAGGUUUCUCAUCAUGUAUGUUACUGCAGUUUUGACAGGAUUCUGAUGUUUUGGUCUGUAAAGGUGUUGUUUAAUUAAAUAUUCGUAGGCUUUGGAUGAUGCAUGGUGUCCCCCGCCUCUUUCCCCUCUCCAUCCCCGUUA